CCGCUUGUGUUCGGCAGUUCGCUCGCGGCUCGCUGGAUUUCACCACACACAUUCACGUCGCUCGUUGGCCGCCAUCAGCCAAAGUGAGGAGGCCCACUUUUAGCAAAUGGACGCGUGUGCUUUGUGACGGAAAAUUUUGGGCUGAUUUUAUUUCGCUCGAAUAGUGUUGACAUUGUGCGCUAAUUGUGCUAAAACCGUGCAAAAUUUGUUCCCCAAGCCGCGGGGAAUUGAUUCUGACUAAUCCACUUCCCUGUGUGUCGAGCGACGACGACGACGGGAAGAAGAAAACUUUUUUCGUCUGAACGGAAGCAGGAGAAAGAGAACAAACAAGAAGAACAACAACAGUAAGCGAAGAAGGCAGCGACUGCCAAAAUGAACGGCGAUUCGAAGGCGCCGCUUCGGACGGUCAAAAAGGUCCAGUUUGGGAUCCUUUCGCCGGACGAAAUCCGUCGCAUGUCGGUGACGGAGGGUGGCAUUCAGUAUGCGGAAACGAUGGAAGGUGGCCGACCGAAGCUGUGCGGUCUGAUGGAUCCCCGUCAGGGUGUCAUCGAACGUACCUCUCGGUGCCAGACGUGUGCCGGUAACAUGACCGAAUGUCCCGGUCAUUUCGGUCACAUCGACUUGGCCAAGCCGGUGUUCCACAUCGGUUUCGUCACCAAAACCAUCAAGAUUCUGCGCUGCGUAUGCUUCUACUGCUCGAAGAUGUUGGUCGCUCCCAGUAACCCGAAGAUCAAGGAAAUCGUCAUGAAAUCCAAGGGACAACCUCGCAAACGGCUGGCCUACGUUUACGAUCUGUGCAAGGGAAAGAAGAUUUGCGAGGGCGGUGAAGACAUGGAUAUCACAAAGGAUGGUGCCGCACCGGAUCCGAACAAAAAGCAAGGUCACGGAGGUUGCGGUCACUACCAGCCAUCGCUCCGGAGAACCGGUUUGGACGUGAUUGCCGAAUGGAAGCAUGUUAAUGAGGACUCACAGGAGAAGAAGAUCGCCGUAACGGCAGAACGAGUCUGGGAAAUUCUGAAACACAUCACCGACGAAGAAUGCUACGUACUGGGUAUGGAUCCGAAGUUUGCUCGCCCUGAUUGGAUGAUCAUCACGGUUCUGCCGGUUCCUCCGCUGGCUGUGAGGCCCGCUGUCGUUAUGUUCGGAGCCACCAAGAAUCAGGACGAUUUGACCCACAAGCUGUCGGAUAUUAUCAAAGCUAACAAUGAAUUGAAAAAGAACGAAGCUACCGGAGCUGCCGCUCACGUUAUUGCAGAAAACAUCAAAAUGUUGCAAUUCCACGUGGCCACUUUAGUGGACAACGACAUGCCCGGAAUGCCAAAAGCUAUGCAGAAGAGUGGAAAGCCUCUGAAGAGUGUCAAGUCCCGCUUGAAGGGUAAGGAAGGUCGUAUUCGUGGUAAUUUGAUGGGAAAGCGUGUGGACUUCUCGGCUCGUACUGUCAUCACUCCGGAUCCGAAUCUGCGUAUUGACCAGGUCGGUGUACCUCGCUCGGUAGCACAGAACAUGACCUUCCCGGAAUUGGUCACUCCGUUCAACAUCGACAGAAUGCAAGAACUUGUCCGACGAGGAAAUUCGCAGUAUCCCGGCGCCAAAUACAUCGUCCGGGACAACGGCGAACGUAUUGACCUUCGGUUCCACCCGAAGUCCAGUGACCUUCAUCUCCAGUGCGGAUACAAAGUAGAGCGUCACUUGCGCGACGACGAUCUGGUCAUUUUCAACCGUCAGCCCACUCUCCACAAGAUGAGUAUGAUGGGUCAUCGUGUCAAAGUCCUCCCGUGGUCCACCUUCCGGAUGAACCUCAGUUGUACCUCACCGUACAACGCUGAUUUCGACGGAGAUGAAAUGAAUCUUCACGUACCACAGUCCAUGGAAACGCGUGCCGAAAUCGAAAACAUCCACAUCACCCCUCGACAGAUUAUCACUCCGCAGGCCAACAAACCCGUCAUGGGUAUUGUGCAGGAUACGCUGACAGCCGUGCGAAAAAUGACCAAGCGAGACGUCUUCCUGGAGAAGGAACAGAUGAUGAAUCUGCUGAUGUUCUUGCCCACUUGGGACGGAAAAAUGCCACAACCUUGCAUUCUCAAACCCAAGCCUCUCUGGACCGGAAAGCAAAUCUUCACGCUCAUCAUCCCCGGAAACGUCAACAUGAUUCGUACCCAUUCGACCCAUCCGGACGAGGAAGAUGACGGUCCGUACAAGUGGAUCUCCCCCGGAGACACCAAAGUCAUGGUCGAACACGGUGAACUCAUCAUGGGAAUUCUCUGCAAGAAAACACUCGGUACAUCCGCCGGAUCUUUGCUUCACAUCGUUUUCCUCGAACUGGGACACGAAAUCGCCGGUCGGUUCUACGGUAACAUUCAGACCGUGGUCAACAACUGGCUGCUGUUGGAGGGUCACAGCAUCGGUAUCGGUGACACCAUUGCCGAUCCUCAGACCUACGCCGAAAUUCAGAGGGCCAUUCGCAAAGCCAAAGAGGAUGUUAUUGGCGUUAUCCAGAAGGCUCACAACAUGGAACUGGAACCGACUCCGGGUAACACGCUGCGUCAGACUUUCGAAAAUCAGGUGAACCGCAUUCUGAACGAUGCUCGAGACAAAACUGGUGGCUCUGCUAAGAAAUCGCUGACUGAAUACAACAACUUAAAGGCUAUGGUGGUGUCUGGUUCCAAGGGAUCCAAUAUUAAUAUUUCUCAGGUUAUUGCUUGUGUGGGUCAACAGAACGUCGAAGGUAAGCGGAUUCCGUUCGGUUUCCGCAAGCGCACUCUACCGCACUUCAUCAAGGACGAUUACGGUCCCGAAUCGAGAGGUUUCGUGGAAAAUUCGUACCUUGCCGGGCUGACGCCGACCGAGUUCUACUUCCACGCUAUGGGAGGUCGCGAAGGUUUGAUUGAUACUGCUGUAAAGACUGCCGAAACCGGUUACAUCCAGCGUCGUCUGAUCAAGGCUAUGGAGUCGGUUAUGGUGAACUACGAUGGAACCGUGCGAAACUCUGUCGGGCAGCUGAUUCAGUUGCGUUACGGCGAGGACGGACUGUGCGGAGAGACUGUGGAGUUCCAGAACUUGCCCACGAUCAAGCUGUCCAAUAAGGUGUUUGAGAAAAGAUAUCGCUUCGAUCCGACGAACGAGAGGAAUCUGCGUCGGGUGUUCAACGAGGAUGUGAUCAAGGAGUUGACGGAAUCGCCAGACGUCAUCCAAGAGAUCGAAGCCGAGUACGAACAGUUGCUACGGGAUCGUGAAGCACUGAGACAGAUCUUCCCGAACGGCGAUUCAAAGGUCGUAUUGCCUUGCAAUUUGCAGCGUAUGAUUUGGAAUGUGCAGAAGAUCUUCCACAUCAACAAACGAGGCACAACGGACCUGUCACCGCUAAAGGUCAUCCACGGCGUGAGAGAUCUGCUGACCAAAUGCGUCAUCGUGGCCGGAACGGAUCGUUUGUCCAAACAGGCCAACGAGAACGCCACGCUGCUCUUCCAGUGUUUGGUACGGUCAACGCUCUGCACAAAGUACGUCGCCGAGGAGUUCCGAUUGAACAAUGAAGCGUUUGAGUGGUUGAUCGGAGAAAUUGAAACUCGAUUCCAGCAGGCCCAGUGUAAUCCGGGUGAGAUGGUGGGUGCCUUGGCUGCCCAGUCACUUGGAGAACCUGCCACCCAGAUGACACUGAACACUUUCCAUUUUGCUGGUGUGUCCUCGAAGAACGUAACCCUGGGUGUACCCAGAUUGAAGGAAAUCAUCAAUAUUUCCAAACGUCCGAAGGCUCCUUCCCUAACGGUAUUCCUGACGGGCGGAGCCGCUCGAGAUGCGGAGAAAGCCAAGAACGUCCUCUGUCGUCUGGAACAUACCACUCUGAGAAAGGUCACGGCCAAUACGGCCAUCUACUACGACCCGGAUCCACAGCGCACCGUCAUUGCCGAAGAUCAGGAAUUCGUCAACGUUUACUAUGAAAUGCCCGACUUUGAUCCAACCCGUAUUUCACCGUGGUUGUUGCGUAUCGAGCUGGACCGUAAGCGUAUGACGGAUAAGAAGUUGACCAUGGAACAGAUUGCCGAGAAGAUCAACGCCGGGUUCGGUGACGACCUGAACUGUAUCUUCAACGACGACAACGCCGACAAACUGGUUCUUCGAAUCCGUAUCAUGAACGGAGACGACAGCAAGUUCCAGGAAAACGAGGAAGAGAACAUGGACAAGAUGGAGGACGACAUGUUCCUGAGGUGCAUCGAAGCGAACAUGUUGUCAGACAUGACCCUGCAAGGUAUCGAGGCCAUCGGAAAGGUGUACAUGCAUUUGCCCCAGACGGAUGCCAAGAGAAGGAUCGUCAUCACUCCGGAAGGCGAAUUCAAAGCUAUCGGAGAGUGGCUGCUGGAAACUGACGGAACUGCUAUGAUGAAAGUACUGAGCGAAAGAGAUGUCGAUCCGGUGCGAACGGCCAGUAACGACAUUUGCGAAAUCUUCCAAGUGCUGGGUAUCGAAGCUGUGCGAAAAUCUGUCGAAAAGGAAAUGAACAACGUUCUGCAGUUCUACGGUCUUUACGUAAACUAUCGUCAUCUGGCCUUGCUUUGUGACGUCAUGACUGCGAAGGGUCACUUGAUGGCCAUCACACGUCACGGUAUCAACAGACAGGACACCGGUGCUCUUAUGAGAUGUUCCUUCGAAGAAACUGUGGACGUGUUGAACGAUGCCGCUGCUCACGCCGAAGUUGACCCUAUGAGAGGAGUGUCCGAGAAUAUCAUCAUGGGACAACUGCCUAGAAUGGGAACCGGCUGUUUCGAUUUGCUGUUGGAUGCCGAAAAGUGUAAAUUGGGCAUGGAAAUUCCGCACACAUCCAUCAUGGGAGGAUCGGGAAUGUUCUUCGGUCCUGGGGCAACUCCAAGCAUGAGCCCAGCUAUGACUCCUUGGCAACAAUCUCAGACUCCUGGUUAUUGCGAUUGGUCUCCAUCGGGACCACCCAGCGGAAUGACUCCAGGAGGACCUAGCUUCUCACCGUCUGCACAAUCUGACGUUUCUGGAAUGUCACCACUGUGGUCACCAAUGCCAGGAUCUCCAAGCUCUCCGGGACCAUCGAUGUCACCAUACUUCCCGUCAUCUCCAAGUGCAUCUCCAUCGUAUUCUCCAAGCAGUCCAAACUAUGCCGCUGCGUCACCAGGAGGAGCCUCCCCGGCCUAUUCACCGACCAGCCCCAGCUAUUCGCCAACCAGUCCAACCUACUCUCCAACAAGUCCACGAUAUUCGCCAACAAGCCCCAACUACAGCCCAACGUCACCACAAUACUCCCCCACAUCUCCAAGCUAUUCGCCGACCUCGCCACACUACUCUCCUUCACAACCAUACGGCCCUUCAAGCCCUGCCUAUUCUCCAACCUCCCCUUCAUACUCCCCAACCAGUCCGUACUCACCCACUUCUCCAAGUUACUCACCAACCUCUCCGGCAUAUUCCCCAACCAGUCCAUCCUACUCACCAUCCAGCAACUCCUAUUCCCCAACUUCACCGUCAUACUCUCCAACCUCUCCAAGUUAUUCACCGACUUCCCCCAAUUACACCCCAGCAACCCCUUCAUACUCCCCGACGAGCCCCAACUAUUCACCCAGCUCGCCGCACUACUCUCCAACCUCACCAUCCUACUCACCAUCUUCCCCCAAAUACUCCCCAACAUCUCCAAGUUAUUCCCCAACCUCACCCUCGUACGGAGGAAGUCCUCAAUACACUCCCGCCAGUCCGCAAUAUUCGCCGACCAGCCCGAAAUACUCCCCAACUUCCCCGAGCUAUUCGCCAAGCUCUCCACAGCAUUCGCCUGGUGGCAGCAACAACUUCAUGAGCAGUUCACCGACCUAUUCCCCGUCGGCGACCUACUCGCCGAACAUGUCCUCCUACUCCCCGGGAAGUCAGAAAUAUUCCCCCACCAGUCCGGUGUACACACCCACGUCGCCGAACUACUCACCAUCCAGUCCGGCGUACUCUCCAACUGGACAGGGCUACAGCCCAUCGAGUCCGGCCAGUCCAACCUACUCACCGACCAGCCCGUCCUACGAGGAUAGCCCGGACGAUUAAAGCAAUCGUCACAAAAACGCUAAGCUGCUGGCCGGGAUUGUGUACUGUGUGCGUGUAAGGUAUGCGGAAUUCUAAUGUAAGGAUUUGCUUGGUAAAGGAAGCUGCCCGCUGAUGUUCUAGUUUUAUCUAACGUUACUCUACUUAGGGGUUAAGCGAUGAAACCGAGGAAGAGCAUUCCAAUCCAACUUUGUUGCUCUUUCAAUCCUGAUGAUUCUAGUUAUUUCAAAACGUAUAACUAUAAUAAGAUGCAAACAAUAUUUAUAAUUCAACAUAAUGGAUAAAUGCAUUUUAGGACUAAUCGAUUGAGAAUGAUCAUUCUUAUCAACACAUGUGUGUCCUGCAAGAAAAGUUUUUGGUUAAGUUGCAUUUAGACUUUUCCAGAACUCCAUUUGGAAUGCUGAUUGUGUCUAAUAUGUAAAAAAUAUGCUAAAACAUCGCUAAGAGCACAACAAAUCAUUAUUAUAAAUUUUAUCUGUUGAAGACAUUCAUUUAUGAACAAUAAACAUCUAGAAAGGUA